AUGUCGUUGGGUACGCCAUGUGGGCCAUUGGACGGCGAGAGGGCUUCCAUCGAUCUUCAGCACUGCAACGCGGACGGUGAGGCGGCGGCGCUGAUUCAACCAACAGUGACGGAAGGCCUACCCGUCGCCUGCGCUUUCACAAUAACAAACUAUCGUUUUACUAUACGCGAGUUACCCAGUAGCAACGAGAAGGAUAAGGACGAACACGGCAAAUGUGAAGGCCUUCACUUCUCCAUGCCGUUGCUUUCAAUUGAAUCGUGGAGUGCACCGCGUGUGGCAAUGACGGCGGCACUCCGCGCCGUGUUCCAGCAGGGCCGCGGGCAAACAAUACCCGAGGCGGAUACGGGCGUAGCGGAAGCGUCGGCAGCUUCCAAAGGGGGAGCGGAACUACCGGCGUACAAGCUGAAGAUUUGCACAAAACAUCUUUGGGAUGUGGAGCUUCUGCUACAGGGAAAACGCAUGGAGGGUACUGGAAGGAGUUUAGAGGCACUUCGCGUUGUCCAGCAUCUGAAGGAUAUGCCAGCCUUUGAACUCUAUGCAAAGAGAUACAAGGGCCGCCCUGAAGUUGAAGACCCAAGCGGCGAUGCUGGACACAACCAUGAAGGAGGCAGCGGCGGCAACGCGGAUGAGGAUCUUAUCAAUUCUGUUGAGUUUGGCUGGAACUUGUACAAUGAGGACCGGGAACUGGAGCGGCAGUUGUGUCUUUCUCCGGGUAGUGAAAUACCAAGCGUUAGCGAUACACAACGGGCGGGGCCGAUGCGAGACCUGCGCCCAUGGUUUCGGCUUACGCGAGUUCAACAGCCGCUUAAUAGGUACGGUAGGACACCAACGUAUCCUUUCCGUAUCGUAGUGCCCAAUGCUGCCAGUGAUGAACUGCUAUUAGAUGUUAUGUCGGCCCGUUCACGCGCACGCAUUCCGGCGGUGUCGUUUGUUUACCUCCGCAAUGGCGCCGCAUUAGCUCGUUGCUCACAGCCACUCACGCGCUCGUCGUUGAUGCGCGCCGACGGCGAGUUGUGCAGCAUGUUGACUAACGACUACACCGAACAUAAUGCUGCGCCCAAUCAAGAUAUGAGCAAAACCCGUGCUGCUGCAGCAGCCGUGGUGGAAACUGUGGCACAAACCUCCACAAAACCUCCGCCACCCCUAUUCGACACGGACGUAGAAGAGGGGAAGACAUCGGGAAAAGAAACUUGCGGUUCCUCCCCUGUUAAUCAGCAGCAGGAGGAUUUGCCACGGCGGCAGCGGACACUCGUAGUUAUGGAUUGUCGCCCGUAUUCUGCAGCGCUGGGUAAUGCUAACUUAGGUGGCGGAUAUGAAAACGGUUCCACGCACUACUUUUGUGACGUGAGGUUUGGUAACAUUGAAAAUAUUCAUGCCGUCAGUAAGUCCUUUGCAAAGUUGAAGGAGCUCAUUCAGCGGUUCAGCGGAACGGAACCGAAAAGUGGCUUCCUUCAAAAGUUGCAUGAAACCAAAUGGCUCCAGCAUAUACAGAAUGUGAUGCAGUGCUCGAAUAACAUUGCGGAUUCGCUUGAGCGUGGUGAGUCUUGCCUCGUACAUUGCACGGAUGGCUGGGAUCGCACCCCGCAGACUGUCGCGACCGCAAUGCUCCUGUUGGAUCCUUUUUACAGAACCAUUGUGGGGUUCUGUGUGUUAGUGGAAAAGGAAUUUUGUUCGAUGGGCCAUAAGUUUGCUGAGCGUUGCAGUCACCAAGUGAAGGGAGACACGGUUUAUGUCUUGGACCCUGGUGUUUCAGCGUCAGACACGGAAGCGCAACCUCCAAGCCAACAACAACAUCAGCAGCAGCAGCAACUUCAGCCCUCACCCAUCUUUGUGCAGUGGAUGGAUGUAGUGUUUCAAAUUGUGAGGCAAUUCCCGCGUCGCUUCGAAUUCACCCCGCGGCUGCUGGAAUAUCUGAGCACUGAGGUUUAUGCCUGUCUUCAUGGAACGUUUCUCUGCAACGGGGAAAAGGAACGAAUGUUUGAGGGAGUUCGCUUGAACACAGCCUCCAUAUGGACUGAUAUUGUGCGGACUGCAUUGAGGGAACGGGAGGGAAAAGCACCGCUUUACUUUGUUAACCCCGCAUAUGACUCAGCGGCGGCGUGGGAAUUCAUAUCAAAGAGGAAAGGAUGUGGUAUCAAUCGCAUCUCCCCCAAUUGCAGUAGCAAGCGCAUUGUAUUUUGGGAAUCCUUUUAUUUGCGCCAUGAUGGUGACACCGGCAGCACCGAGUUGCUCGAUGCAUUGGCAUACGAACACAUGCACCAAAAAAGGGGUACCACAACACCUGUCGGAGUUAAGUUUCAUGAGGAAUGGGAAAAAUAUUUUAAUGACCUCAUCCGUGAGGCCUGUGAAGCCCGAAAACGGGAGGUGGUUGAAAUGAGGAACCUUCAACAAAAUCUCGAAGUGCAGCGCCCUCCCCAAGGCGUGGAUUCAACUUCACGGUCAAGUGGUCCGAAAAUGUGUCAUUGGUGUCAUAAAACUUUCGGUUUGCUUAGUAAAUUCACUACUGUGCGGUGUAGUCACUGUGGACACAUCCAUUGUAGUGACUGUAUGGAAACUGAAGUUAAGGGCAAAAAACUCUGCCGUAGUUGCUAUAGUGCACACAAGUUAAAUAGUGCAUAG